AUGGCGAUGGAUAGUGCGGGUAUGGAGGCGCGGCUGACGGGGAUUCAGACAAAGUUGGAGGCGAUGCACGCAGACAUCCGCCGCCUCGUCCGCGGGAGUGUCUCCAUCGCCAACGGCAGCGGCCACGUCACCCCCAUCGUCCGAAGUCCGGGCGGAGUUGUUGGGAGUGGAGGGGGCGUUGGAGGCGGCGGCGGCGGGAGUUGUGUGAAUGGCGGCGGGGAGGCGGUGCCGAUUGGCCGCAGUUCCCGCCUGCACGCCGCCACCCCGGCGGUGGAGACCCCCGCCAGCGGCCAAUCGGCCCCGGCGUCGCUCCUCCCCGUCAUUUUUCCCGCCCAGCCCCCGAGCCGCGUGGUGCUGCCGGACGUGGAGACCCCCGAGAUCGCCAGCAGCAUGAAUAUGCGUCGAAAGGCAGAGGCCGCACGAAAGAAAUUGCAGGAAUUUGUAAAGACCAUGCGACUGCCGUCCGAUGUGCGUAAUAUUCCAGAAUUACGAGGGGCAUCUUGUACGUGGUUGCUCAGUAUUGCCCUUGCAUGCAGCUAUGUUUCAGGUGAAAACAUCACUAUUGAGGAUGUACUACGGCAGAAUCGUCUCGCAAUGCAUUACGUUUCUCUCCCAUCUGUAACACUCGCAGAAUUAUUUGACGUAACAAAUGAAUUUUUAAUUAACAACAAGAGUUUACAGGAGAAACAUGUGCAUUGUGAAGUGGCAAAUUUUGAUACAGAGACUGUGGAUGAGGUGGGAGAUGUUAUGUGUACAGAAGAACGAUUACCCAUUACAGCUCUUUCACAAUUUCGAAAAGAAUUAUCAAUUCUUGAUAUUCAAUCCAUAACCAUUUUAAAUUAUGACCCUUACUUGAUUGAACAGCAUGAAAUACGAAUGCGAUUGAAUUAUCUGGAAACUAAUGAUUCGGAUACUUCUGCAGAUCCAAUUAUUCCUCGCUGGUCAGCGAAAAAUCAGGGAACUUUUGCAUUGCUUCUUAAUUUUAAUUCAGCUUUACACUCUGUAACUAUAGGUACGCCAUAUUUACUGGAGGACGGUUCUAUUGGAAUUCAGGAACAUACAAUUCCUAUACAAACACUCUAUAAGGCUCUUUGUGUUAAGGAUAAUUACUGUAAUCGUUCUCGUGGAUUUGUUCGGGUUUUUAUCACUAACCAAUUUAUUGAGUGCGUACCAUCUAUGUUUCCACUUAAUGUGCUUGAUGGAUCACUUUCAGGUGGUAUGUUAACAACGGCUCUUGAUACUUCAAUUGCUCCUCAUAUUCUUGGAUUAUCACUAAUGCAUCAUCUUGUGACUAGCACAUUUUUUGAUCGUUUGUCACAACAGAGACAAAGUAUUACUGAUCGUUCAGAUGUAAAGUUACGUGGUAUUCCUGUAACUAAAUUAUGUCAAGAACUUGGUCUCGGAAUUACCACCAUUGUUGGUGGUAGUAAUAAGGCUUCUGUGGCAUCAGCAUUCAGUUGGUAUCAUGCAUUUCUAAAAAAAAUGAAGAUGGAAACUUCUGUGGCACUUGGAGUUGUAAUUGUCUCGCGGCGUGGUGGAGCUGAAGAUGGUCCAGUAAACAUUGCGGACGAUGUAUUUAUGAAACACUUGGCACUUGCGGUAGAGACUGAAAGCGUAUUACUUAUAGGUUUUGAUGUUAAUAUUGCACUUAAUGUGAAGGUAGACAACAGACCGGAACCUUGUCAUUUUGCAAUUGUUAUUGGUUUGGAUCAAGAACGUGGAGUUGUGCGUUUAGCAGAUGUUAAUGUUAAAAAGUAUCGUAAAACGUGGCAUGUACCAAUAACACGUCUUUACUCAGCUGUUAUUGGAUAUGGAUAUAUUAUGGCAGCCAAAUCACAAAAAACUAUUGAUAAACUUAAUGCCAAAGAGUUUCAGGAUUCUAUUUUUUCUGAAGCACGAUAUGCACUUCCUCCGACUCAACGUUUAUUACGUUUUGAAUAUCCAAAAAAGAAUUAUGUUGCUACAAUUCUUGCAGAUGCCUUUGAUCGAUUGGGGUUUACGGCUGAUGUAGAAAGUGUUAUUAACAAUAGUGGGUUCCAUGUUUCAUUUAUGCUAUCUGAACAUCUAGCACUUGAGGAUGCUGCCACUGUUGCACGUAAUUAUUCUCGAAAUCAUGCAAAAGACGGUGUAAGUGUUCUCGUAACACAUAUGGAUAAGGAUACUGACCAUGCUGACUUGACAUUUAUUCGUAAUCAAAUUAGUACUGUCUUACGAGCUCCAAAACGGUGUUGUCUAAUUGUGAAUUUCCAAGUUUCUGUCAUACAAGCAAAUAAAUCUGUAUGGAAUGGAAGUAAUGGUGGUUCUUAUGCCAUUGUUCUUGACUUUGACGAAACAACUUCCCUUGUGACACUCAGUGAUGCAAAUAAUGAAUCAUUCUAUAGAACCUGGGUGUGUCCAUUAGAUGUACUCUUUGAAGGUAUAUCUGCUAUGGAUCCAAUAGCUUUGCGAGCUCGUGGUACCCUUUUACUUACUUCCAGUUCUCAACAUGACUUGUAUGUUGGUUGUCACGGUUAUGACCUAGCCCAUUGUAUUGUACAUCAUCCUUUUAAACCUACAUUAUGGCCUGCGUUUCGUUGUCUGGCUCUUGUCGCAACAGAAAUGGGUAGUGGUUUAUUAAAUAUGAAUCGUGCUGUUCAGUUCUCUGCUGAAGAUUUUCUGUACUCAAUGCCUUCAUUUUCCGUGGUCAAAAUAGUUACUGGUACUUUAGAGAGUGAGCACAUUGCAGCUCUCGCUAAUACAGCAUUUGAACGACUUAAUGUUGCCCUUGAAGCCUCUGUGGUGGAUAUCAGUAGUACAGGAACAUUCUUGAGAGCCUGUCGUGAUGAAAAUGUAAGUGGAAGGACAGUGACUAUGACUAUUGUGGGAUAUGAUACUCAACUCGUACAUGGUGUUCCCGGAUUUUCUGUUGGUGUUAUCAACCGAGUGCGUGAUCAGGGAGGAUCUGGGGCGGUCCAGUUGGUGGAGGGCAACAGCUGCACGUUUGGCUCUAUCUGGGAACGACAGGCCACAGAACUACAACCUGCUGUCAAGGCAAUGGUGCGAAUCAAGCGACGCCCAAGGAGAAGUAAUGGUUCCUUGGUGAAGAGUGAAGAGAAAUAA